AUGGCACGAAAAUCUACCGCUCACUUAUCUUUUAAGUUAUAUUCCACUUCACAUCAUCCACAUAACGCUUUUUUUCAGACGAACUUGCCUUCUCCUGAUGAGCGUGUGGAGAAACAGUUUAGUGAGUGGAAGAACUGCAUAAUGAAUAACAUCUCUAUUUAUGAAUACGACGUCAGAGGAUUGUGGUCUCAUCUCUGGAAAGGGGUUCGGCAUUGCGAGAAGCUUCCUUUCAUGGAUGCCCUGGCGAUCGAAAGUUUUAGCAACUCGGACGAAGCGAAAAGACAUAUCCCCUCUUUACAGAAUGAACCUAGCAUAAUUGUCACCCUUGGUAUCGGGCAUGAUACCGCAGCUGAAGAGGCGCUGCUUAAGGUCUUGCCGAUGGAUUCAAAAUUCUAUGGGGCAGAUCCCAUUCAUGAAAUAAAUGAAGAGCUCUACAUGAAAUUCGGAAAAUUCUUCCCAUUUGCAGUUGGUGGCAAGUCAGAGGUUUCCCGUGCCAGUGUGCUUGCGAAUGGUUCUUACGUUGAUCGUGAUGUGGUACAUAUAGAAUUUGUGCAUUUUCUGUCGCUACUUAGACAUAAGGUGUAUGAUGACAUCUGGAUCGACGCCGAAGGAGCUGAAUAUGAACUAUUUCCGUACUUUUACCGUGGUGGCGAACUCGAUCGUAACGGAAUCACAGUGUGUCAAUUUAAUAUUGAGGUGCACAGUCCGGACGAUCCUAAAAAGGAAAUGUUUCGCGAGUUCAUCUUCACAAUGCUUCAUAACAAUCGAUACGCCUUCUUUCGAAUAGUCCAAGCAUCCCACAUACGACUGUACUUUCUGAAUUUUUCCGACUCACAUUGCGUGAGCAAAUACAUUUUUAGACAAUCGACCAGUUAG